AUGACCAGAAACAAGAAUCAAGAUGAUGAUGAUAAUGCAUCAUCAUCAUCAUCAUCAUCAUCAUCAAGCAGGAAGAGGUUCAAGAAUUUUGACCACAAUGGUGUGGCAUUUUGGUCGGAUAUUAACCAUGAUGUGCUUUUUCUAGUAAUGAUGCAACUGGGAUUUGUUGAUUUUUUUGCAUUCAGCGGAGUUUGCAAGUCAUGGAGGUCAUUUGCACUCUCUAACAGGAACACAUUUAUGGCAUCCAAACCUCCCAUGAAGAUAAGUAUCGAGCCCCGUGAUAAUAAGGAAGACUCUUAUUGUUGUCUGGAGGACUUCAAAGUACAAAGGUUUAAAACCAUCCUUCCCCAUUCUUCUGACAGAAUCUGUUUUGGAUUAACAUGUGGUUACUUGGUCUUGUUCGGGAGGGAAACCCGUGACUUCUGGCUUGUGAAUCCUAUCACAAAGCAUGAACUUCAUUUCCCUUAUUACCCCUUAUAUGUAGCUGCCCGUAUAAAAAAAUUAAGGACCAUACUUGUCUUUGCACCUUCAAUAUCUAGGUGGGUGUUUGUUUUGUUACAUAAGAAAAUAUCAUUUUCUAUAGCGGGUAUACAAGGAUGGCAUCAUGUCUCCUCCACUUGUAUCCGUGAUUUACAAUAUUUCAAGGGGAAGAUAUAUACCCUACACAUUGAUUUUUCUUUACGUCAACUCAGACUCGGUCUGAAGCAGAAGCACAGAUGGAUGUUACUUACCAAAAAUUUUCCAAACCCAAAAUUGUUUAAUCCGCAGUUUGUAAGUUCAGGUGAAAACCUUUAUGUGAUGAGCCACUCUGGGUUACUCCCGAAAAGGGUUAUGGAACUUGAUUUUGGGGAAAUGAAAUGGGUGUUGCCAGAUAAGACAAUGUAUGCUUUCUUUAUUGGCAACAGGAAUUAUUCUGCUGCUUUUAAACUCGGGUCAUGGGCUGACCCUCAGACACAACACAAGAGCUCUGAAUACUUCCUUGGCGAUGAUAAAAGUAGAAAAUGCAUGUUCUUUUAUGAACUGAUGUGGUACUUCCCCCAUGAUUGUUUGAAUGUUUUUCGUUUUGAUGAGUAG